AUGGCCAAGAAGCUGUCUAAAGAGCAGGAGGCCGAGUUCAAGGACGCCUUCUCCAAGUUUGACAAGAAUGGGGACGGCACCAUCAACACCCAGGAGCUGGGCGCCGUGAUGCAGACCCUGGGCCACAGUCUCUCGGAGGCUGAGCUGAAGGAGCUCAUCGCCAUGGUGGACACGGAUGGCGACGGCGUCAUCAGCUAUCAAGAGUUCCUGGUGGAGAUGGUCCGGAGGAUGAAGGCCUGGGGCAGCGAGCAGGACAUGCGGGGGGUCUUCAAUGCCUUCGACCUGGAUGGCGAUGGCUAUAUCAGCGUGGACGAGCUCAAGCAGGCCACUGGCAAGCUGGGGGAACAGCUUUCCGAGGAGGAGCUGGACGUCAUGAUCCGCGAGGCUGACGUGGACCAGGACGGGAGGGUGAACUAUGAGGAGUUCGUGCGCAUCCUCACCCAUCAUUGA